ACUUGAACUACGACUUCAGUUUCCAGCACCAGAGGCCAGUGAACAACAUAAGUGUUCUCCGCGGGGACGCCCUCAUCCUUGAGUGUGACUACGACUCCACCAGCCGCGACCACACCACCUUCGGCGGGUUUGGCACGGAGGAGGAGAUGUGCCUGGCCUUCCUGACCUACUACCCCCGGGUGCCACUCGCUGUCUGCCUGUCCACGCCUCACGUCAAGGACAUCCUGGAGGGCGUCGGCGUGGACGACACCUACCACAACGACCUCCAGCUGUCAGUUGAGAUUUGGAGUAGCUG